AUGUUGUCAAGAAGAGUGCUUUCGCGGGAAGAAGAGUCCGAGUCCACAGACGCAGAAGUCACGAAAGAGGACCAAGACAAGAUCAACACCUUCUCCAGGCUGCAUAACCGGAGCAAAGCCCUCGAAGAGGAACUGGGUGCCAAACAGAAAGACAAAGAAGACCUCGAAGAACUGGCCACGGAACUCGAACUCGCGGAUGAGGAUGAAUUGAUACGGUACAAGAUCGGCGACUCGUUCAUGCACCUGCCGCUCAGCGAGGCGCAGGAUCUCCUGGCCGAGCAGACGGGCGAGAUUGAGAGCGAGGUGUCGACGUUGGAGGAGCAGCUCGAGGGGAUCAAGGAGGAGAUCUCGACACUAAAAGCCCAUCUGUAUGCGAGGUUUGGGAGGGGGAUCAAUCUCGAGGCAUAA